UCACGGAAUUUUGUAUGCAACAAGGAGCAGGUAGCAUCAUGAAUUUUGUAUGCAGCGGCAAGCAAACAAAGCUGUGAGCUUUGCACGCAAAUCCUCGGCAGCCUGAAUCUUCCUCGACCUCGUCGCCUUCGCCGCCGUCUUUCCCACACCUUUGCGCCACGCUCCUGUCCUUCCCGGCGGCAUCCGGCGGCAUCCGGAGGCCGCCACGCUCCUGUCCCUCUCGCCGGCCGCCGCGCGCGCCCCGGGCCUUGGCGACGGCGGAGGGCGGCAGCGUGGACUGCAGGAGGAGGAGGAUAGAUUAUUUCCACCAUCCACGUCCGUUGCGUCGAGGGGUCCUUCCCCGAAGUUUCCAACUUGUCAAAGCUCCGUGGCAAACUGAGCCCGACGACUUUGGGGAACUGCUCCUGCUCCCCAUCCCAUUCAGAUCCAGCCAUUUCUCUCCUCCUGCUGCGUGCUCGUCCGCGGAGAGACAAGGCCCGAAAGGAGCGCCGCCGUCGCACCGAUAUAGGGACGAAAAUUAGAUGUCCUGGCUCCGGCCACCAUGAGCUUAUCAGCUGUCAUUGGGGCCAUCGGUGGCAUCAAUGAGUGUGUCACUUUCGGGCAGUGGGCUAAAUCCACCAUUUCAUCCCUGCACUCCCGAUGGAGUGGCUCACAGGAGGAGGAUCUCCAGGAUCGUGCAUUGAAGUUGGAGACUGGCCUAAAACUUCUGAGGGACACUCUUCCUACAAUGCACGACCUCAUUAAUAAAGCAGAGUGGAGGAGCCAUGAUGAUGGUGUGGCAAGUCUCCUUCCCAAUCUCAAGGAUGCAGUGUAUGAUGCCGAGGACCUUCUUGAUGAGUUCACAUGGUACGAGAAGAAGGUGCAAGUGGAGGGCGAUGCAAGCCACUCUCCUUUCAUUGACUUCUUUAAUACCGUCAUUCAAGGCAGCUUCAACAAACUGGAUAGCAUCCAGUCGAGGUUGAGCCAUCUCUCGAGUCAGAUGGAGAGUAUAGGGCUUCAUGGAGUCGAACAACACUUUGACAAAUUAGUCAGGCCAGAGAGCAUCUCCUGUUUGCCGCGAAAGGGAAAAAAUAUAUUUAUUGGUCGUGACAAGGAGCUGAAGCGGGUCUUGGGAUUUCUCAAUGUACUUAAACGGAAGAGAGCAACUAGUUCAAUCAAUGCAUCAACAAGCACAUCAACAAGCAACCCUGCUAAUAAUGAAUCAAGUCUUCCUGUUUCGGUUAUAGGUGGAAUUGGUGGUGUUGGAAAGACUACAUUGGCCCAGCAUAUCUUCAGUCAUGAAAAAGUGCAAUCUCAGUUUGAGAAGAGAAUUUGGAUUUGUGUCUCAGAUGACUUUGAUGCGAAGAGGUUAACGAAAGAGGUCAUACAAUCCUUUACUGGAGUAGUGCCAACAACUGAGAGUAGUUUGGAAUCUCUUCAGAAUGCUCUGAAGAAGCAUGUGAACAAUAAAAGGUUAUUGAUUGUCCUUGAUGAUGUGUGGGAUGAUGCCUUGAAGGAAAAUGGGCAGCGUUGGGAGCAGUUUUAUGCACCUUUUUGCAGUGUCCAAGAGGGAAGUGCGAUGUUGGUCACCACUAGAUGUCCAAAUGUUGCCAAGGAUGUGUGCACAACUGGGACUGUUAUAUUAGAAAGUCUAGAGGAUGGCGCCUUCAGGAAAUUUUUCAAAUUAUGCAUGUUUGGAUCUGAGGAUUCUAGCAAUCAUCCUGACUUGGAGCGCAUUGGUGAAAGUAUACUUCCUAAAUUAAAGGGUUCUCCUUUGGCCGCCAUAACUCUGGGCCGCAUGUUGAAAGCAAUCCCUGAAGUAUCACGUUGGAAUUCUAUACUUGAGAGUGAACCGUGGGCGUGGAAACAAAAGGAGACCGACAUUUUACCUGCCCUUCGGUUGAGCUACAUAUAUUUACCAUUCUACUUGAAGCCAUGCUUCGCAUUCUGCGCUUUGUACCCCAAAGAUUACAAAUUUGAGAAGGCAAAGUUAGCUGAAAUUUGGGUGGCAGAAGGCUUCGUGGAGCCUCAAGGUGGUGUUCCCAUUCAAGAUGUUAGCUGUCAGUAUUUUGAAGAUCUUGUAGCACAGUCCUUCUUUCAGGAGGUUAAUGGUGGAUACGUAAUCCAUGACCUGCUCCAUGACAUGGCACAAAUGGUUUCAAAGCACGACUGCUUCAUCUUAAGAAACAAGAGUGACUUUGAUAAAGUUCCCCAGAAUGUUCGUCAUCUAUACGUACUCCCUAGCAGUGACUUUGAUGAAUCCAACUUGCCGAGCCUAUGCAAGUACACAAAGCUGCGUACCCUAAUUUGCAAGAAGAGUUUAGGAAGAAAUGCAUGUAUUGUAAUGGGUCGCUGGUGUACUGAACUUCUCCAUAUGCGUGUGAUGUCUUAUGCCUUCACAGAUAUGUUACCAGAUAAUAUUGGCAACUGGAAGAAUCUUCGGUACCUUGAAAUCUCUAGACCUUGUUAUUUGAAGAAGAUUCCUUCAACUUUCUGUUGGCUAUAUAAUAUGCAGAUUUUCUAUGCCAAGAAAUGCCAGAUGGAAAUGCCCGGUGACUUUGGUAAGUUGAUCAGUUUGCAGAAAUUCGAAUCAAACGGAUUAACUCUUGAUUCCGCCAAUAAAGGGGGAAAUGGAGUUAGGUCAAUAAAGAAUCUGAACCAAAUUCGUGGAUACUUGGUGAUAAAUAAUCUUGGCGCCCUAAGUAAGGAUCAGGCAGCGGAAGCUGAACUGAAAAAUAAGGAAUAUCUUGAUAGGUUGACACUGAAUAUGCAUAUGCCAAGGGUUUUAGGCUACCCUUUGUCUCACACCAUCCAGAACAGAGAAGUGCUUGAAGUUCUACAACCUCCUAUCAGCCUCAAGUUUCUGGUCCUAGAGAAUUAUGGCGGUUCCUCACUCCCAAGCUGGUUUCAGCCACAAAACUUGCCAAGUUUAGAAUCACUCACUUUUGUAAGAUGUGAUGGACUCAACAGCAUAAACUUAAAUGAGAUACUCGCAUUCCUAUCCCUCACAGACUUAACAAUUGAAUGGUGCAAAAAUAUAUCAAGCCUCGAAGAUCUUCUGCAUCAAGGUUAUGUACCAAGCAUCAAGAAAAUAGGAAUUAGAAAUUGCAAGAUCUUACCAUCAAUACCAACUGAAAAGUUCCGGGAUUUGCAAUUUCUUGAAGACCUGUGGAUAUCCGAAUGUCCAAACAUCCGCCUCCAGAGAUUGGUUUCGCAGUCCCUUAAGAAGCUCGGCCUGUGGGGUUCUGGUCUCUUUUGCAAUAUCGACUGCUGCUCCCUCACUGAAUUUACUGUAUCAUGCAAGUCUAUCACAUACAUCCAACUGCAAACGUGGAGUCUUCCAGCACUACAGAGCUUGGAAAUUAGCUGUGGAUCUCUUACGUCUAUUGGAGACUCCCCUAAUAGUUCCAUUUCCGCGGGCACUGGCAGCAUUAGAGCAUUCUCAUCCCUUAAAGUCAUAGCAAUUUCUCGCUGUGCUAAAUUGCCAACCCUUGAUGACCUGCUAACACAAGAGUAUCUACCUGCCAUUGAGAAAAUUGAAAUUAGCUAUUGUUUGAAGUUAAAGUCCCUGCCAGCUGAAAGGUUUGGGAGUUUUCCUUAUCUUAAACAUCUGAAGAUUUAUUCGUGCCCAAGUCUCGAGUGGCAAAGAGGUUUGGUGCUGCCAACAUACCUCCAAAGCCUCUGCUUAAUGGAAUGUGGGGAUAUCUCUCCAUAUGUUCCCGGAUGCCUACAGAACCUCACAUCCCUCGUCUCACUUGAAAUUGGUGGAUGCAAUGGUAUAACAUCCAUUCCAAGCAACAUCUGGUACAAUAAUCAUGUAUCACUCCAGAAAUUGGUGAUUGAGAAUUGUCCAGGCCUAGUUUCAAUCGGUGGAGCAGAAGCACUUGCAAAUAUCAAGGAGGUGAAGAUAUGCGGGUGUCCAAACUUAGCGAACGAGGAGCAGAUCAAUAGAAGAUCCGGCCCAAGUACAAGGAGGAUAUGGAGGACUAGGUGACAGGUGAUCGAGCUGGAACCAAUAGCUGGACUACUUGGAAGUUGGAAGACCUGAGGACAACGGGACAUCGUGUAUUUUUCCUGCAGCACAAACUCUCCUAGCUGCAAUCCAUAUUUGUGCUCCUCCGGUUUUUUUACGGUUCCAUUCCAUCAAUCUGCAAUCCAUAUUUGUGCUGAUAACUAUCAGUUCCCAGUUUGCACAAUCGUGGCAAAAGUUGUUGUCACUUCUGAAUCAGAGUUUGUCCCGAAAAGGAUUUGAAUAUGGUAGGGUUUUUGUCCCAAAGAAGGUUUCCCCACCAUAUCCAAGUCUGUUUAGACGCCAAGUUGUGCACCUACAAGAGUCGCUGUGCGUCUCUAAGACAUGUUAUAUCUGUAUGGAUUUUGUGUGUUUUGGCGCAUAUUAACUCUGGAAUAUGUUUACCUGCCAUGCCUGUUUGUGAUUUUA